AUGAAGGAAGUGAAGGAGCCGGAGAUUAAGUUAUUUGGGAGGAAGAUCGUGUUCCCGGAGAAUGGGAAAGUCAUCGCCGGCGACCCCUCCGACGAGUUUUCCGACGAGAGCAGUCAUGGGAUGGAGUCGGAUCGGUGUUUGGAUGAUGAAAAAGUGAUAGGAACUCAACAAGGGGAUGAAGAUACUGGAAAAUCAGAUGAAGAAAAGCAGCAAAAUAAGGAGGACGAAAUAGCUGGAGAAUUCUGCGAAAGUAAGGCACAAGAUGAUGAUGAACAUCAAGCUGAGUCUAAGGAGUCAGGGAAUCCUAAUACUGUGUUAGAAUCAGCUGACAAUUCCAAAACUCCCUUCAUUGUUGAAGAUGAUGCAUCAGAAAAUCCACCCAAAAACGAAAAUGAUCAAAAUGAUUCGACAAAUCCACAACAAAAGACUCUGAAGAAGCCUGACAAACUUCUUCCCUGCCCCCGUUGCAAUAGCAUGGAUACAAAGUUUUGUUACUACAACAAUUACAACGUUAAUCAACCUCGCCAUUUUUGCAAGAGCUGUCAGAGAUAUUGGACGGAUGGGGGUACAAUGAGGAAUGUUCCAGUGGGAGCCGGUCGUCGUAAGAACAAGAAUUCUACCUCUCAUUGUCAUCACAUUACAAUCUCUGAGGCCCUCCAUGCAGCAAAAAUUGACAUUCCUAAUGGUUUUCAUCAUCCGACAUUUAAACCAAAUGGCACUGUCCUGUCGUUCGGUCCUGAUUCACCUCUUUGUGAAUCUAUGGCUUCUGUUUUGAAUCUUGCAGAGAAAAAAUUACCGAAUGGUAUUCAAAACGGGUACUGUAAAAUGGAUCGAGGUGCCUCGGUUUCUUGCAAAGGUGGAGAAAAUGGCGAUGAUUGUUCUAGUGGUUCUUCUGUGACAACAUCAAAUUCAACAGGAGAUGGAGUAAAAAAGGUGCUCCAAGAUCCGACGAUGAAAAAUAUAGAUGGCUUUCCUACUCCAGUUCCUUGUGUUCCUGGGGUUCCUUGGCCUGUACCUUGGAAUUUUGCUGUUCCUGUGCCAGCCAUUUGUCCUCCGGGAUUUCCCAUGCCAUUCUACCCGGUACCCUACUGGAAUUGUGGUGUUCCUAGUGCUUGGAAUGUUCCAGGGUUAGCAGUUCCAUCUCCAACAGCAAAUCAAAAGAAAUCAAGUUCUGGUCCAGAAUCACCAUUGGGGAAGCACUCAAGGGACGGGGAAUUGAUUAAGCCGAGCUACCGAGAGGGCAAAGAAUGUGCGUCCAAGAAGAAUUCAGGAAGCUCGAUUGUAAUUCCGAAAACUUUGAGGAUUGAUGAUCCUGAUGAAGCUGCAAAGAGUUCCAUUUGGGAAACACUAGGGAUCAAGUAUGAUUCCGUUAGCAGGGAAGAACUUUUUAAAGCCUUGCAACCAAAAGGCGACGAGAAAAAAUCUCUUGUUGCCCCCUCCCGUGUAUUGCAGGCUAACCCUGCUGCAUUCUCUCGAUCGAUUAGCUUCCAGGAGACUGCCUGA